ANAUCUAGUAGCUGGGGUGGUGGUACGGACCUAGAAGGGAGCUGGGGAAAGCCAAGACAAUUUGAUGGAGGUCGUGGAUCAGGUGGCAGGAGAGGACGAGGUGGUUGGCGAGGGGGUCGAGAUCAAAGUGGUAGAGGAAGAUCUUUUAAUCAAGGACAGUCUAGUAGCUGGACUACUGAAGGUGAAGGCAAUAAUAAUUCUAGUAAUGUAGAAUUUAAGGGGAACCAGUCUAGUUGGAAUAGUUCGCAGGAACAUGGUUGGGGAAAAGUUAAUGAUGACACCAGUAUUGCUGGUAAUCAAUCAUCUGAUUUCCAGAGUGGUGGUGGUUGGAAUGCCUCCAAACCAUCAAAUGAAGGAUGGUCUUCUGGUUGGAAUAAGAAUUCAGUCUCAAAGGAGGUAGGAGGUUCUAGUGGAAACCAGUCUGAUUGGGACAAAAAAUCUGGUGAAUCUGGGAGCAAGGAGUCAGCUGGUUGGGACAACAAGAUCACUCAGAAAGAGUCAGCAGGAAACUCCUCUGCAUGGAAUAGCAAAUCUGCAGUCGAACAAGAUGCCAAUGGGAAAAAUCAAUGGAGUGGUAAAAGAACUUCAGAUGGAGGUUCAUCUACAGGGUGGGGUCAAAGUAAUUUGUGGAAGGGCGGAAAGGAGGAUGCCGUUGGAAAUCAAGAUUCCUGGAGCAGCAAAAGUAACUGGAAUUCUGGUAGUGGUUUUGGUGGUAACGACCAGCAAUCUGAUUCUUAUGGUGACCGGGGAAGAGGUGGUAGUUGGAGGGGAGGCCGUGGUGGAUCAGAUAGAGGUGGAUACGGAGGUAGGGGUGGUUCAGAUCGCGGUGGCUUUGGAGGAAGGGGAGGUUUUCGAGGUAGAGGGGACAGGGGAGGUUUUAGAGGUAGAGGAUCGGAUGGGGGAGGAUUUCGUGGUAGAGGGCGUGGAAGGAUGGAUGAAAGUGGUGAAUGGCAGAAUAGAACUAAUUCGCAGGAAGAUAAACCCUAUGGUUGGAGCAAAGAGUCAGGCAGUGAUGCUGAGGGAUGGAAGUCUAACAAGGGCAGUUGGAGUCAAGGUAACAAUGACAGAGGGAGCUGGAAGACUGCUGAUAGUAGAGGCAAUGCUAAUGAUGGUGGAUGGAAGAAAGGAUUCGACUCCGAAAAGAAUGGGAGUGGAACUGGUACUAGUGCCACCAGUUGGAAUACUCCAGGAAAUAGUUGGAAAACUUCUACUGCUACUACGGGAGGUACAUCUUCAGGGUGGGGUCAGCAGACAACUUCUAGUGAAAAGGAGGAUCAGAAUGGCAUGGGAACAAGUUGGAAUCAGGGAACUGCUUCAGGAAAUGCGAGCACAGCUUGGACUGCAAACAAAUCAAAAGAAACAAGUGACGGACCGAGUGAUGUGUGGGGUAAAGCAACCAAUGAUGGACCAGGUGAUGCGCGGGGUAAAGCAACCAGCUCUUGGGGCAAAGGAAACAGUUCUGGCAGCCAGGGAGGGGGUCAGCAGACAACUGUUAGUGGAAAGGAGGAUCAGAAUGGCAUGGGAACAAGCUGGAACCAGGGAGCUGCUUCAGGAAAUGCUACCACAGCUUGGACUGCAAACAAAUCCAAUACUGAGGAUGUGAACAAAUCAAAAGAAACAAGUGAUGGACCGAGUGAUGCGUGGGGUAAAGUAACCAGUUCUUGGGGCAAAGGAAAGAGUUCUGGCAGCCAGGGAAGCUGGUGACAUCUUUGAACAGUUAUUUUGCUAUGGAGGGUUGACCGGGUUAUUCAUGUAAAUGAUCUGGUUUUUGGCUUGUAAAAAGAACAAAGGAUGGACUUGGUGUUUGGGGAAAGCAUGAAUGGGACUUUAGAUGCUAGUAGAUGUAUUAUAAGCAAUAGACUUGAAUCGCAGAAUAUCAACUUCUGAAUGUUGGAUGUUUGGUAAUCUCUAACUUAAUUUUCCUUUUAGUGCAAACCAAGGAGUAAACAUAAGUGAAUUAAUUUAAGUAGUAUAACCUGGGUUUGUGCAUGGUGUUUCAACAGGUGGUGUUUGGUCUAGUACUUGUCUCUUCUAGUUGUUUUAUUUACUUUUGUUUGAUUACUUAUUUUGGGGAACGCUAUGAGGAAAGUGAUCUUAGUAAGUGCAUAAA